AUGAAGCUCGUCAACAAGUAUAUAGACAAACACGGAGCUGGACAUGUUACGCUGCGUCCGGAAGAUGACGAAGACAUGUGGCAUUUGUAUAAUCUAAUACAAGAGCAAGAUUUAGUGAGGGCUACUGCUAUACGACGAGUACAAAAAAUAUCUACAACCGGAUCCAUUGAUUCGCAACGCGUUCGCGUAAACCUCACCUUGCAGGUCAGCCGUGUAGACUUUUCUUCUUCUGCAGCUCCAUCGACAAGUGAAGGCUCUACGUCCACGGAUAUCUCAUCUGCUAAUACUAAUACUGCUGCACUGCAUAUAUCCGGUCGAGUCACCUCCGAGAAUCAAUACGUCAAAUUAGGAGCCUUUCAUACACUUGACAUCGAGGCUAAUCGUGAUAUACGGAUAGAGAAGGCUGAUGGGUGGGAUAGCGUUGCACUAGCGCGCGUGGAGGAGUCCAUCGUUCCCGGAAGAGGUGCUGAAGUUGGUGCUGUUGUCUGUGGUGAAGGCAUCGCAGCAUUCUGUCUCCUUUCAGAGCAUAUGACACUGGUCACGCAGCGAAUCUCGGUUUCCAUUCCACGAAAAGCAGCGUCAUCAGGUCCGUCGCAGCAUGAGAAAGCCCUGCAGAAAUUCUACGGGUCAAUCUAUGACUCGUUCAUCCGGCAUAUCCCCUACUCGAAUGUCGGUCUGAAGGCGAUUGUUAUCGCAAGCCCUGGCUGGGUGCGCGAUUCCGUGUUCACCUAUAUGGUGGACGAAGCUGGGAAAAGAGGAGACAAGAUUCUUCUAAAGGCUCUAAGAGAGAAAACGGUUAGAGUACAUGUGAGCAGCCCGCACGUGCAUAGUCUCGUGGAGGUCUUGAAGAGUCCUGAGAUCGUUUCGCAACUGAAAGAAACAAAAUUUGCUCGUGAGGGUAUCGUAUUAGACAAAUUCUUCAAGAUGCUAGGCUCGGACGAAAUGCGCGCUUGGUACGGGAGCGACCAUGUUUCUUUAGCUGCAGAUCGUGGCGCUAUCGGUACGCUGCUGAUCUCUGAUGAACUUUUCCGUGCAAGCAAUCCAGAGACUAGAAAGAAAUAUGUUGCCCUGGUUGAAGCUGUCCAACAAAAAGGUGGUGAGGUGGUUAUAUUUUCAAGCAUGCACGAGUCAGGACAGCAGCUGAAUCAAUUGACCGGAAUUGCUGCCAUCCUUACAUUUCCACUGGAUAUUGAAGUUGUUGAAGCUGAAGAGAAGGAGCAGAUAGAAGAGGCUCAGGUUACGUUAUGA